AUGGGCUCUUCGAUACUGAACCUCAUCAUCGCCAAACUCUCCCAGUUCGUUCCACCAGAUUUACAAGCUCAGGAUGAUGGCGACUUGGGAUUGCGCCAACCCUUCGGCACCGAUCGUGCCCAACAAUGUCCACUCCACCUUCUGUCGGCACCAGAUACGGAGCAAGCUCGGUCCAUCUUUUUAACGCUUCACGUUCUUUUUCCACAUGAACUACUUCCGGCGCUAGACCUGUUGGAUCGACGGCUUGUCACGAAGCUCAUUGCCGGACCAUUCGCAGCAAAGCCGGAUGAGAGUGCAAGGGUUGCCGACGGAGGAGAACCGCCUGCUAACGUGGCCGAGGUCGAUGAUCCCGCCCUCCCACCAGAUACUGGCCAUGAAGUGUUCUACGUUCAGUCGGCGUCUGCAGCUGAAAAGGCUAAGGAAUCGAGACACCGCUCACGUUACUCCAAAGCAAGCACAACGUCAGCGCACUAUGAAGUGUAUCUUGAUAGCUGGAAUUGUUCAUGUCCAGCCUUCAGUGUUAGCGCUUUUCAGUGCUUGACUCUGGAAUCCCCUGCAGAUGACGGGGCGCAGGAAGAUUAUGCGGCGCCAAUACAGGACUCUCCCAUGAUGACACGAGGAUGGGAAUUUGGUGGCACUGCAACACGCAAAGUAGGCAGGAUACCGAGCUGCAAGCACAUCGUCGCGGCAGUGCUUGCGGACGCCGCUCCGCACCUGUUCGAGGACUCCUUCAAGGAAAGGGUUGUCAGGAAGGAAGAACUUGUAGCCUGGGGCAGUGGAUGGGGAGAGAUUGGUGGUAGCUAA